GCGCGAAACGUUUAAGGAUACGACGACUUCAGCAUCUUCCUCAUCGUCAUGACCCACCAGCAGCGACCGUCGCUGGUCCUUGCACCGUCUAUCAACACUACGACGGUAGUCACGACCACAACGACCACGACGGCGUACGCGCCGAUACAGCUGCCACCGCUACCCCCUCCCACUGAGCCCAAAGAUCCUAGAGAGUACCCCUUACUGCACGCUAAUUUUCCUCAAUCCCUCAAGAGAUUCCCCCUUGUAUUUCCUAAUGGCUCCCGUGCGACAUUCCGCGAUGGGGCUGACGGAGAGGGAGAUUUGGAUGAGGAGGAACCAAUUCCGAGUGGAAAGGGCUGGACGAUGAUAAGGCCUGAUUCAUCUGGCAGUUCAGGUAAAGUUGUAGGGCUGGCGGAGGCGGUUGAGCGCUAUGGCAGGAAACGGUCACACGGCGCUGACAAUAUGAUGGAGGGCGUAGAGCCUACGAUUGAGCGCGAGACACAUACCCCCCCUCGAAAGAAGGCAAGGGCAACGCAUCUUCCCCCAAUUACUACUUUGAAUGCCGCUGCUCCUCCAUCCCCGCUGCCAUCUCCUCAUGGGUCACCACCACCACAACCUAUUUGGCCUUCUGCACCUCCUAGUGGUGCUUCUUCCCCCCAACCUCAAGCACCUCUACAACCGGACCUUGCCCUCACGACCCUUCUUACUCUUCCUUCUCUUUUAUCACAUUUUAUAAGCCUUCCCCAACCGUUGCAGUCUCAUUUCCUCCUCACUCUCUUACGACAUUCUCCUCUACCCGUUCUGCGGACACUGCAUUCUAUUCUAACUCCGACUCUAGCGCGUGAUUUUUUGACAUUACUCCCCCCAGAACUUGCAUCACACGUUUUGAGUUUCCUUCCUUAUUCUACUGUAGUUCGAGCAUCCAGAGUAUCCAAAGCCUGGCGCGCCAUCAUUGACUCCGAUCCCGUACUUUGGACUGAUCUCCUCAAAAAUACCAAGAUCUGGUUCGGAGGUGUCACCGAGCGAGCUUUUGCGCACUCAAUCUACGCCAGGCGCCGCCUUGACGUGGCCCCCAUUCCCAGAACCCUUCCCCUCCCUCAUCCAUAUAAAAUGCUCUUCAAAUCGCGACAACUCACUCGAACGCGAUGGGUGGAUAAUGAGAACCCGAAACAUCGAUCGUUCCCCGCACAUGGCUCCUCCGUCGUCACUUGUCUCCUUCUUUCCCAUGGGCGCAUCAUUUCCGCGUCCGAUGAUCACUCAAUUCACGUGUACUCGCCUUUGACGGGCGAACUCCUGCAAACGCUGGAUGGCCAUGAAGGUGGUGUGUGGGCGCUUGCCGCCUGCAAAGACACGCUCGUCAGUGGGUCGACUGACCGCACAGUCCGAAUCUGGAAUCUCGCGACUGGUCGAUGUACGCAUAUAUUCGGCGGUCAUACCAGCACUGUCCGAUGUCUGGCUAUUGUCAAGCCAGAGUGGAUCGAAAUCGAAGGCGAAGGCGGUGUCAUUACGAGGGAGAAGUGGCCAAAACGGUCAAUGAUCGUGACCGGCAGCCGUGACCACUCCCUUCGUGUGUGGACUUUGCCUCGGCCUGGUGAUCCUGAAUACAGAUGCUAUGGUGCAGAUGACUCUGAGGCUGACCCAGCUGAUGAGGAUGCGGACGAUAAUCCGUAUCAUAAGAUGCACCUAGAGGGUCAUGAUCACGCAGUUCGUGCUCUCGCUGCCCGUGGCCGCACGCUUGUAUCUGGGAGCUAUGACUGCACUGUAAGAAUAUGGGACAUCGUCACCGGCGAAUGUAAAUGGGUUCUUGUGGGCCACACACAGAAAGUAUAUAGCGUUGUUCUUGACAUCCACCGCCAGAUCGCCUGUUCGGGGUCCAUGGAUGGCACUGUCCGUGUGUGGAACUUACGAACAGGACAGUGCCAACAUACUUUGACUGGGCACACAUCACUUGUCGGUCUCCUCGGCCUGUCCCCUUCCCACCUCGUCUCUGCAGCCGCUGACUCGACUCUGCGCAUAUGGGAUCCUGAAUCUGGAGAACUGCGCCACACCCUUGCCGCCCAUACGGGCGCUAUCACGUGCUUCCAACACGAUGAGUUCAAGGUGCUCAGCGGGUCCGAUGGUACGCUCAAGAUGUGGAACGUGCGCGAUGGUACCGUCGUCCGCGAUCUCUUGACAGGCAUCCAGGGUGUUUGGCAGGUGGUUUUCGAGGGUCGCUGGUGUGUCGCCGCCAGCAAUCGGAAUCCCACCACAGUACUUGAUGUGUGGGACUUCGGCACUGAUGAGGAUGAGUGGAUUGGAGAGCCUCCAAGUGGUUUCUAUGAUGACGACACUGAGGAGGAAGAUGAGGGGGAAGAGAUAGAACAAGCGGACGUGGACGCCAUGGACCAGGAUCUCGAAGUUGAAGCUUCUGAGGAAUCUGCAGAGCCCGAGGAAAGUCAGGAGAGUGCAGCUGACAGCAGUCAGCUGGCGGCUCCCGAAGUCGAAGACGUCCCGAUGGAACGGGCGGAAGGCGUUGGGGCAUCAAAGUGGGCGCCCCAAACCAAACCUGCCAGCCAUCAGCGCAACCGCGCAAUCCUUGACGGCCCUUCCACCAGAGUGCACCCGCACGCGAUGGACGGUAUUCCUGCUCGCUUACCUCCCACCAACGAAACGCCCACACGCCCUAGAAUACGCACGUCUAUGAAACACAGGCGUUAAUUGUAAUUCAUCCUAAACCGAAGUCGCUCAUUCUUUUUUUAUUAUAUCUGGUUGUCUCGAUUAUGGUCGGCGGUACAUAUUUGUGUGGCAUCUUGACGUCCGUAUGGAUGGGGACUUCGAUCAUUGUCAUUUGCGGGUAUUCAAAACAUUUGUAUCAGUCGCAAUAGAAUUAUUUCAUCCUGUGUUGUAUGUACUCGGGCUGACUCAUUCUUUACUUCCGCGGAACCGUGCUUCGAGAC